GAGGACGGGACCAGAGACCAUAAGCCCCGUCCCGGAAGUCGGGCCGUUCCCAGAAUCCUCCGCGGGGAGACCCAGGAGGGCGUCGGAGUGAGCGCACGGUGCCUCUGUCCUCUGCCGGGUCCGCGCAGCCUGACAGUCUCUGUCUCCCUCCCUCCUUCCCGCUGGGGUCGACCCUGAGCGCCCCAUGCCUGUGGGCUCGGGGAGGCAUGGCCUCCCCCCGGGCUGCCACCUCUGCUGGCUCCUCUGCGCUGCCACCUUAACGCUCAGUCACGCAGAGGCUCCUGGGGGCGUGGAGAAGCUGUCAGUGAGCACCGCUGACCUGCCCUGCUGGCUGGUGGAAGAGUUUGUGUUGACUGAAGAAUGCUCGCCGUGUUCGAGUUUCCAGGCUAAAACCACUCCUGAGUGUGGUGCCACAGGGUAUGUGGAAAAAGUCACGUGCAGCUCCUCUAAGAAGAAUGAGUUCAAAAGUUGCCGUUCAGCUUUGAUGGAACGACACUUAUUCUGGAAAUUCGAGGGGAUUGUUGUGGGUGUGGCAUUGGUCUUUGCUUGCCUUGUUAUUGUUCGUCAACGACAACUGGAUCAGAAGGCGCUGGAAAAGGUCCGGAAGCAGAUCGAGUCCAUAUAGCUACCUUCGACCUCUUAUUAGGGGUAUUACAGACCCUUAUACCAUGAAAUGGACAGGCAGGUGCCCAGGGCUCUUGGUGCCCAGGGCUCUUGGUGCCUCAGAAUAAUACUCCCUCUCUUACCCUCCUAGACCACUGUUAAACAGAAUAAAAUGAAAAUAGUU